AUGAGUUCAGCAAGUAAAGCUUGGUUGGUAGCAGCUGCUAUUGGAGGUGUUGAGGCCUUGAAAGACCAAGGCUUCUGUAGGUGGAACUACACAUUGAGAUCGCUCCACCAACAUGCCAAGAACCAUGUCAGAUCAGUUUCUCAGGCCAAGAACCUUUCUUCUUCGUCUUCUGUAAUGAUUUCAAGCAAGGUCAAGGAAGAGAAGGCAAAGCCGUCAGAGGAGUCUUUAAGAAAAGUCAUGUAUUUGAGCACUGCUAUUGGAGGUGUUGAGGCAUUGAAAGACCAAGGCUUCUGUAGGUGGAACUACACAUUGAGAUCACUACACCAACAUGCCAAGAACCAUGUCAGAUCGGUCUCUCAGGCCAAGAACCUUUCCUCUUCAUCUUCUGCCAUGAUUUCAAAUAAAGUUAAGGAAGAGAAGGCGAAACAGUCAGAGGAGUCUCUAAGAAAAGUCAUGUAUUUGAGCUGUUGGGGUCCUUACUAG